AUGAGUUUCCACGGUUACAUGGCGGAGCGAUUUCUUAGCGAUAUUGAUGCUUUUACACCUGAACAGCAAUAUCGCGUACUGUACGAUCUGCCAGAUGGUCGCUAUGUCGCACCAGAAGUCAAGUACAGGAUGUUCUGCAAAGGUGAAAAGGCAUCGGAAGCUUUGAAACACGUGCGCCGGCUCUUACCCAUGCCCUUCAGUCCGAAUACACUAUCACAAAAACUGUAUAAGGCGCCAAGCUUGAUCGACCAUGAGCGAUGGGACGAGGCUAGAAGGAAGGCUCGAGCGGAGCUCCAAAGCCGAGGGGCGUAUCUACCUUGCGACUACAUGUUUGGUGAGCGACCCGAGAUGGUGAUGGCGGGGGCUUUCGGUGGCGGCGAAACGAUCCGGCCGGCUGCUAUCAACGAGUGCAGGUCCUUGGAAGUGGUUGGGUGUGCAAGAGAAGACAAGCCUCUAUUCAUAGCUGAACAGGGUCAGACCGGUAUCUCCAAACAGAGCUACGGGGCCGAAAUAUGGCAAUUGCUGUUUGACUUUGGCAAGGCUGUGGGAAGACUAUUAGCGAAAUCGUCGACGUGCAGAUGA